AUGCCUACCCUCUCUUGGAAACAGGCCCUUCUUGGCCUGCUCCUAUUGGAGCCACUGGCAGCUGGACUUGCCGUUCCUCCUAAGCCUGAUAUGAUGGACCCAGAGGAUCACCUCGGUAUCAAGGCACGACGCAAUGAUCCUGCGGUUCACGUUCCAGACGCAAGCAUUUGGGUUCGAGACCGUUGCCCUGAUGACGAUGGGCCUGACCGUGGCGGACGGCCACCCAGACCGCCACAGUUGCGUGCUCGUGACUGUAACCCGCCCAGACCUCCUGAUGAUGGUGGACGACGUCCACCUAAGCCCGAGGACGGCCCCGAUGGCGAUCGAGGUCGAAACCCCCCUCGGCCUCCUCAGAAGAGGGACGGCGUCGAUGAUGGACCUCGACCGCAACAGACGCCGCCGCCGCCGCCCCCGAAUCCACCUAACCCACCUCCUAAUCCGCCUCCGCCGCCGCCACCUCCACCAAACCCCCCUCCACCGCCCCCCAACCCGCCGCCUCCUCCUCCACCACCGCCCCCGGUGCCACCAGGCCCACCUCCUCCGGGGCCCCCUCCUCCGCCGCCGCCUCGCGCUCGGGACAUUAACCACCAUCCCGGGAUGUAA